UUUCAGAGAACACAAAGAGUAGAAGGGAGACAAUGUCAAAAUUUCUGAGAACAUCCCUAGAGUCAGAAAAGAAGCAAACAAUAGCUACAGAGGAGUGUAUUUACAUAUUACUUCCUAAACCUACAGAUCACUUAUUUCACCCCAUGGGGAGGACUGCUGGGCUACUUCAGCCUAUUGAUGAGACACUGGUUAAAAAAAUUCAUGAGCUUGUUGGAAGUGGUGUUAAUUGUGUUUCUGAAAUGCAACAGAACCUGCAUCAUUAUGUAAAGAAGGAACUUUUCACAGGCCAACAGCCUCCAGAUCUAACCAACAGACGGUUCUUCCCAACAACCAUGGAUGUCAGGAACCACAUGUAUCAUGCCACAGUGGUAUGCAGACAUUCACAAAUUGAUCAAGAAAACUUUGACUUAAAAAUCAAUAAGUGGAAAGAAGUAAGCCCAGAUGAUAAUUUCUUUUUCAGGCCUUACUGCCUUACAAGUGAUAGUGAGUCCUAUCAACAACCACAGUCACUGAAGGAAGAAGACAGCACUGAUGUAAUUAAAAUAAGUAUAGGUGAUCCAUCCAACAACCUCCUCCUUGUUCACCAGACGAAGUGGCAAAGAGAGCUGCUUUUAAAGUAUGGUGGUGAAAUUUGCCUACUGGAUGCAACAUACAAAACUUCACGCUUAUUGCCCUCCCCACAUUCUUUCUGUGUGUGA